AUGGAGAAGACCCUUCCCUAUGGAAGACUUCUGACCCGCAUCUUUCAGCAUUUCCAGGUUAACCUAGAUAAUGAGCCACCCUGUGAGAGCUUCAAGGAACCAUUUGGGAAGAAUUCCCUGGCCUGCAUGAAGAUCAUAGUCAACACAUAUAGUGAUGGGGAGCCAGUGGUCCCAGAAGGUGGUGGAGAUGUGGGUGAAGAGGCCAGUGAUGAGGAUGAGGGAGAGGUUCCAGUGCAGGCUGCUGCUGGUGCCUCUAGUUCUAGGACUUCAGAUAUGGAUGCUGUUAUUGAUGCUCUGGGCCAAUUGAACACCAACAUGGCCAAGCUCAAUUCAGACAUGAUACAGGGCUUCGCAGCUUGGGCCAAAGAAAAAUUUCCAAACUUUGAAAUGCAAAUGAGAAUUAGGAAAGUUGAGUUGGAGGCUAUCCAAGCAGAAAUUAACAGUCUUGAGAUGAAUGAUGAGCAGUUUACCAGGGAGACUCAAGCAAAAUUGGCUUACUCUUUUGUGGUGGAGAGCUAUGAAAAACUCCUCUGGGCAGAAAAGUCAAGGAUGAAGAGGAAAAAACUGGUGGAGAUGACAGAGCAUGAUGACUUACUUGGCUGCAUCCCUAAGGUGUUGGAGGAAGCGGAUAUUUUUAGCUUGGACUCGGUCCCAAAUAAUUCUGAAGUUAAAGCAGCGGUUUGGAAUUUGGAUCCAGAUAGUGCUCUGAGACCGGACGGGUUCCCAAGUGCCUUUUUCAGACAUUGUUGGGAGCUAGUAGGGCCUGAUGUCUGCCAUGCAGUGCGCUCUUUCUUUACUUUCAAUCACAUCCCUACUGUUACCUCUAAGGUUAUGGCUCGACAGCUGGAGAGGGUGCUACCCAAGCUGAUCUCGGAGGAACAGGGGGCCUUUCAAAAAGGGAAGAUUAUCCAAGAUAAAAUUUCUAUUGCUUUGGAGUUGGCUACUCUUAUGUUCACGGCCAAGAGAGGGGGUGGGUUGGGUCUAAAAAUUGGCAUUCAAAAAGUUUAUGACAUAAUCUCAUGGAACUUCAUAUUCAACGUGAUGCAUAAUUCUGGCUUCUCUGAUAGAUGGAUCAAUUGGAUUAGACAGCUGCUCAUUUCCACUAGAAUCUCUAUCCUAGUGAAUGGUGGUCCAGUGGGCUUCUACAGGGUGGAACGUGGUCUGCGUCAGGGGGACCCUAUCUCCCCUAUGAUCUUCAUCAUUGUAGAAGAGGUGCUUUGCAGGGGAUUAUCUAAACUUUUGAACGAUAGUAAACUGAGACCGUUGCCAGGGCUGCAGGGAGUACGCACUCCAGGACACUGCUUAUUUGCAGAUGACAUCUUCAUCUUUACUAAUGCUUCAAUCAGGCAGUUAGAAAAAUAUGCUGAUGCCAAUGUUAGACAGAGUCAGGAAAAAGCUUUCAGGAUGGAAGGGAAAACUCUUGGGGGCAUGUAG